GGAUUGAGUUUGCAACACUCUCUUAUGUCGUCUAAGAUAUCAAAAUUUUUACAAUCUUUGACUUCCAAGCCUAGUCGCAAAAACCAAAAGGCAGAGGAAAGAAAAGAAGGGAAUAAGGAGGAGCUGCCGCCAAACGAUCCAGUUCCACCUCAGAAUCUGCCAGAAGUAAAUUCGGAAGAAGGAAGUGAUCCGCGCGCCAUUUCGCGUGCUAGAAGAUUGACUAUUGUGGAAGAUAGCAACACCUUAUUUGAUACAACUGACUUGGUAAUGGACAUCGAGCCCAAGCAGGACAGUGUGAAGGAAGAAGCUGGAUUCGUGGGUGUGUUUGCAGGAAGAACUCAAAAGGGUUAUGUGCCCUACAAUCCGCACAAGGUUAACCAGGAUUGGAUGCUAAUAAAGGAUGACGUAGCUUCAGGCACGCUUAUUCUUGGUACAUUUGAUGGACAUGGUGAACAUGGUCAUUGUGUUUCUGAAUUUAUCUGCACUUCCUUCUAUAAUAAUCUCAUUGCCCAUAGCAAAUUUUUGUCGGAUGUCAAGACCGCCGCCUUGGAGGCUCUCCAGAAGGCCGAAGAAGAAUGCGUCAACAGUCCUUUUUUAUUUCUCACUCUCACCCGCAGAUCGCUUCAUCAAAACAGAAUUCAGUGCCAUCUCUACACGUUCAACGUCGGCGAUUCGCGCGCCAUUCUCGCCUCGGAGGUGAAUGACGAGUGCAUCGUGACGGAGCUGACCCACGACCACAAGCCAUCGCUUCCAGAAGAGAAGGCUCGCAUUGAAAACGCGGGCGGCCGCGUGUUUUCGAUGGAAUACGAGGACGGAUACGACGGACCGGUGCGCGUGUGGCUGGCCGAUCAAGACAUCCCCGGAUUGGCCAUGUCGCGGUCUCUCUGCGAUACGGUAGCACACUCUGUCGGCGUAAUUUCAACGCCGGAGGUGUGCGAGCGAACAUUGACGGAUGAUGAUCGCGUGAUCGUGAUGGGUUCGGAUGGACUGUGGGAGUUCAUUCCGUCGGAGGAGGUGAUUCAUUUGAUCGAGGAUUGCGAGCAGCCGGAGGUAGGGGAGGGAGAGAUGAUGGAGCGUAGGAAGCGAUGGAGCGGCUGUUUGCGAUCUCGUGGAAGCGGUGGUUUGAUGCGGAGAAAGUGGUGGACGACACGACGAUUAUUGUUGUGUUUUUAGGACAUGCCGAAGAAUAGCAAGCUGUGUAUCAUUUAUGUGUAAUCUCU